UGGAGUAAAUUUCUCAGCCAUAUUUCCAAACUUGAAGGCUGGUGGAAGUGGAAAAGCCCAGGAAGUAAGUGCAGGGUUCCGCAGCUUGGACAUAGAGCUCAAGAAGAUACUGAUUGAUGAACGGAUGCGCUGUGAGAAGCACAAAACCAACUACCAGAGACUUAAAGCAGAGUACAUAAGAUUACAGGGUAAAUAUACACAGUCCCUGGCUGAACUCAGAAGGAUGCUAAGUGAGAAGCAGGUUGGUCAGGAGAAGCUGCAGCUGCUACUGGCGGGGCUAAGAGGAGGAGUGCUGGAUAUGACCCAGGAGCUCGAUGAGCUUCGAUUACAGAAAGAGGACCAUGAGCGGGUUUUAAAGGAGCAGCGAAUAAGUUACAGUGCGGAUCUGGCUCUUGUGGAAAGGGAGAAGGAGAAGCUGAGUGCACAGCUGCAGAGUGGAGAUUGUGUGACCGAUGGGAAGCGUGUGAAAGCUCUGUUGAGAGAAAAUGCGCAGAUGCAUCAGCGGCUCUGCAGCCUUGAGGCCGAGGUGGCGGAGCUCCGAGCGGAAAGAGACAGCACAAGAGCACAGGCAGAAAACACACAACGCAUCCAGCUCCGCCAGCUGGCCGAGUCCCAGAGUGCACACAAGACCCUGGUGUCGGAGAAGCAGUCCGUGUGCCUGCAGUUAGAUCGAGUGGAGAAGGAGCUGCGCUCGAGCCACGAGCAGCACGCCGUCCUCACGGGCAAACUGCACAAGGCUGAGAGGGAAAUACACACCCUGAACAGUCAGGUUGAAGAAAAUAAACAUGCCCAUAGGCUGGAACUUGCUAAUGUUAAGAUGGAGUUUCUGAAGGCCAGAGAAGAGCUGGAAAGAGAACGAGACAAACUGCAAACUCUUGGGGAAGAAUCUGCACAUAAAGAGCUGCAAAAUAUCAAUGCUAAACUGCAGCAGCAGACACAGCAGUUAGAGGAGCUGGAAAGACAAAAGGCAGAGAACACGGAGUUGAGAAGACAUAAUGCGGAGCUAAACGUGCAAGUCAGCACUCUGUCAUAUUCAAAGCAUGAGCUGAUGGACACCAACGCAAGGCUGAGGGAGAGUCUGGAAAGAAUGAGAGAAGAGUUGCGAAAUGCUCGCACACAAACCAAGAGGAUUCAGCAAGAAACUGGAAGGCUUGAAGAGGAAAGACGUGUGGAAUGGUUGGAGAAAAAACAUACAUUUCAGGAAAGAGAGGCAGAACUGCAAGAGAAGUACAGCCAAGCCAAACAACGUAUGCAAAAAGCUGCACUCGCCCAAAAAAAGAGGAAGACUCUAAGUGAGGCUAAAGAGAAGAAACUGCAGGAUAAAUUACAGCUUCUGGAAGCCAAGAUAGAGGAACUGGAAUUUGACAGUUCUGUAGCAAAGAAAAAUCCCUUGUUUGCGGAGGAGCAUGCUCAACUUUGCAGACGUCUAACCGAGCUGCAGAGGAGACACGAGGAGUUUCGGCAGCUGCUGAUGGAAACCACACGCUCUCAAUGUCUGUACCCAACUCUAUUCAUUAAAGGACCUGAGGGCAGCUUCAAAAACCCACAGGAGGAGCAGCACAUGUGGGAGUUAUCAGAACUGCAGAAGAGACUGGAGGAACUAGAGAAUAGUCAACAGCAACAGCUGCAAGAACUGACUCCUCCUCCGGAUUGAGACAGAGAAAAAGACAGACCUUCAGCAACUCAUGACAGCCUGGUUGACCUCUGACCUUUCACGCUUUUGGGACUGGAGCCGUCAUAAUAUUGUGCCAAGUUAAAACUCUGAGAUUUCCAUCACCCCUGAUUCUGUGGGUGGUUUUUCAGGAGCUCGACGAAUUAUAAAGCGGAAAAUAAAAACCCGCAAAGAACAUUAAAAGAAAAGCCUGGGCAGCUGUUGACUGCCUAUACACCAAGCUGAUGAACAAUGAGCCGCGACUCGGGGGCCAAUCUAAGAAAAAGAUUCUCAAGCCUCCAGCAGACUGGGACUGAAAACAACGAUGAUCGUGUGCUGCAGUGCUGCCUGCAGUACAAGAUUUUGAAUCCAGAGUGCACGAAAGCUGUGCAUCCCAGACAUAGAAAUGUCCCAGGCAUUUUUAAGAGGACGCGUCUGUUCUUGUUGUAGAACAUCUGGAACUUGCAGUUUGUAAAAAAAUUUUUACAAUCGGCAGCAGUUAGUUUAAUGUUAAAUAAUGAAAUAAAUAAUCCUAUUUGGGCCUGACUGAGGCAACCAAACAGCAGCUAGCAACUAUGCCACCCUUAGUCACAAUCUGAAUGCCAAGGUUCUUUUACUGAUGUUUAUUACACAUAAUGGAAGUCAAUACCAACACCGACAUAAACACCAACACCGACAUCCUAGAACUGAAUAAAAGGAUAAAUAUACAAAAAUAUAUUCAGUUACAGAGAAAAACACGACUUUAAAUUUAUACAUUAAACAGAAAAUAAACCUACAUACCACUUUGCCUGGACUAAGAGUGGUAAUGACGAUCUCGAACACCAAAGGAUGUAUUUGUAUUAAAUUGAAAACUGCUGACGUAGCAAAAUAUUUACCAUAAUUUUUCAAAACAUUUUUUAACCGCGGUGAUGAAUCACACCCAUACUCUGGUCACCCCAUAAUUUGAACUUCAUUUCCAUCUUGCUAAGAGGAAUUCUUUACCAUUAAAGUACUCAAAUGUGCUUCUUGUUUCAUCCAAACUUUCAAUUAUAAAAGUUUUUUUACGCCACUUGGAUUUAAAACAGAAAGAAAAGGUCACUUGGUCGGACUUUGAAUCUAUUUCAGCUUCUCCAAUGUUACUCUCCUGCAAGCCACUCGUAAACAGGAUUACGUUGUAGUCCUAAUAGCCAAUGAGAGCGCCGCAAAAUUCUGUGUUAACCAUUUACAGGGGUAAUGGCGGGAUUAUCUCAAUGUGGGUGAGAGUUAAAAACAAACAAACCAGUUAUGUUUUCAAUGUUUUUUGUUGUUGAUGAAUUCAAAUACUACUAAUGAUCAUUUUUAUUUUUAAUUUCGACUUGUAAUUUUGAGGUUUCAGAAAAAAGAUUGGCUUGAGUAUUCAGUUAAGGAGGAUGCAGCUUUUUCCUACCCCUGUCGUGCCCAAACUGCAGUGCAAAUUUUGCAACGCAUUGAAGGACCUUGUUUUGCCUUUAUCGGUUCACAUUCGCGAUCAUCCCUGGACUACCUGCAUUACGGCUCACACCUCUGCCUUGUACAUGUUCAGACUAAAUAAAGACAAGGUGUUUAACCAUACU